UGACGUCAUCAUUCAGUUGUCGGAUGUGAGCUAUAGCCACUGAUCUGCUAUAGGAUUCUUUUUUUUAUUUACUAUUCUGACAUCAGGUAGAGAGUACAAACAUGGCGACCUCUUAAUUUGGAGGUGAAUAAAUAUGGCUGUCAGAAGUUUCCAUAGUAAUCCUUAUGUCGUUUUAAUCUCUAUGGUACUAACGGCUCCUACAAGCAGUGAAGAGGCUAACCAGAAUGUCUCAGACUAUGUCAUACACCCCACAAAAUUAUCUAGGGGAGGACGAAGGAGAAAUCCUCCCAUUUACAUUUGCUCCACAACCACUGACCCUAGAUCCAAGACUUCCUGACUCUCACCCACUACUAGAUAUUUCUCUAACGCCUGAGAAGAAUGCCGGAAUUCUGCGGAGAGAGAACUCGGAUCAUCAGAGAGGCCAAAGGCAGGUGCGUUUUAAUGUCACUAAUCACAAAGAAGAAACAAUGGCUCCAACUAUAAUACUUCCAACCCCAGGGCUGCUGGAGGUUCCCAGGAAGCAUAGCAGCAUAGCGUUGGAACAAGAAGUGCAGAAUGAGGCGGAACAGAAGUUUGAUGCCAUGAAAGCUGUGCAGAGUGAACUUGAACGUUCCUACAGAGCAAGGCGGUUGGUGGAGAACAAAGCAGCUAAAGCACUUAAUAUGUGCAGAGUACAUAAUCUGUACCAAGGACUGGUGAGUGUGGAACCACCUGCUGAGCAAAUUCAAAAACUAGCUGAAAAAGAGAGACAGCGCAGAGUAGAGUGCAAAGAGGUCACUCAGAUUGAGGGUCCAGAUAUCUUCAUAUUCUCACAGCCAUCUGAUAUUUACACAGAGACUCCUUAUUUAAAUGUUGAGGGACUUCCUCCUCUCACACUUCUUCCCCGCACACGGCCUUCUCGUUCUACUUUUGACAUGCACAAUAAGCUGAGAGAGUGGUCUUCCUAAUAACACAUAACAUCUGCUUUAAUUAGUGGGAUGUGUAUUUUUGAUAGAGGCACAUGAGACUUUUGAAAUAAUUUGAUGGAGAAAAACGGUAUCGCCAUUUAGGAAGAUGAAAACACAAGUGUAAAGUAAUAGCAGUAACACAAGGGAAUAGGGAUGGUUAGGAUGAUGCUGGAGGUGAACAGAGCCCUUGGUGUAGCCAUUGCAGGUGCUUAUAGCCCUUGAUAGUAGUCUCUUUUGUAUUAUCUUGCGCGAGCAGGAAAUGGUAUGUCUCCAAUGUUUGGAGUCUGUAUUAUUACUUUUGUAAACAUUUUAUUUUUAUGCAUAUUUUAUAUUAAUAAAUGUAAUAAUGUUUGAAUGCAAAUAAAAAUUUCGAGGUGUCUGUA